AUGUACGAAGUAAUAGAAGUCGAAGACGUAAACGAACGCAUUGCGAUGACGCAGAAGUUGCAAAAACCCAGCGGCAGAGAAGGCGGACCCACAUCGACAUGUGUCCGUGAACAAAAGCGCGACGGACUUCAACGGGCUGCUAAGGCGUCGAAGAAUAGCGGAAACGUGACGGCGACAGCCGUGAAGGAGGAGGAGAAGAAGGAGGAGGAAUGGCAACCAUGGCAUGGACCCACGGAGGCUUUUCGGGAAACGCUUGAAUAG